CUGGGUCGCGACAUGGAGGACGGCGUGCUGAAGGAGGGCUUUCUGGUGAAGAGGGGCCACAUUGUCCACAGCUGGAAGGCGAGGUGGUUCAUCCUUCGGCAGAACACACUGCUGUACUACAAACUUGAGGGUGGUCGGAGAGGGACUCCUCCCAAGGGCCGGAUCCUCCUGGAUGGCUGCACCAUCACCUGCCCCUGUCUGGAGUAUGAAAACCGACCUCUCCUCAUUAAGCUGAAGACCCAAACUUCCACCGAGUACUUCCUGGAGGCGUGUUCUCGAGAGGAGAGGGACGCCUGGGCCUUUGAGAUAACCGGUGCGAUCCAUGCCGGGCAGCCAGGGAAGGUCCAGCAACUCCAUAUACUGAAAAACUCCUUCAAGCUGCCCCCUCACAUCAGCCUGCAUCUCAUCGUGGACAAGAUGCAUGACAGCAGCAGUGGAAUCCGGCCGAGCCCCAACAUGGAGCAGGGAAGCACCUACAAAAAGACCUUCUUGGGCUCUUCCCUGGUGGACUGGCUCAUCUCCAACAGCUUCGCAGCCAGCCGUCUGGAGGCUGUGACCUUAGCCUCUGUGCUCAUGGAGGAGAACUUCCUCAGGCCAGUCGGUGUACGGAGCAUGGGAGCCAUUCGCUCCGGGGAUCUGGCUGAGCAGUUCCUGGAUGACUCCACAGCCCUGUACACUUUUGCUGAGAGCUACAAGAAGAAGAAAAGUCCCAAGGAAGAGAUGAGUCUCAGUACUAUGGAGUUAAGUGGCGCAGUGGUCAAACAAGGCUAUCUGGCCAAGCAGGGACACAAAAGGAAAAACUGGAAGGUACGUCGCUUUGUUCUAAGGAAGGACCCGGCUUUCCUGCAUUACUAUGACCCUUCCAAAGAAGAGAACAGGCCAGUGGGUGGGUUUUCUCUUCGUGGUUCACUCGUGUCAGCUCUGGAGGAUAAUGGUGUUCCCACUGGGGUAAAAGGGAAUGUCCAGGGAAAUCUCUUUAAAGUGAUUACCAAGGAUGACACCCAUUAUUAUAUCCAGGCCAGCAGCAAGGCUGAACGAGCAGAGUGGAUUGAAGCUAUCAAAAAGCUAACAUGACAAGAAUCUGAGAAAGCAGGACCAGGAUUCCUUUCUUCUACCAGUCAGGCAGUGGAUGUGGCUCUGUGAUAGACUGCCUGUCAGGCCUUUGUCUCUGGGUUCGAUUCCCAGCAACAUAGAAGACUGUAACGUUGUAUAUUUUGCACUGUUUGGAGUGAAACUGCUGAAGACUUAAGUUCCUUGGAUCACAAACAGAAGUGGUGCUAUUUCCUUCCCCAUCUCCCUGUUACCACUUGGAAAGCUGGAACAGCCAUUGGGUGUCAGCAUCGACUCUUGCCCACCAGGACAGCUGUGUAUUUAGGCACUAAAGCAGUACCCCUUUGUUGGAACACUAACACUGGCCACACUGCAUAUGAAAUAAAACUCUAGCCUCAAGGCAGCUGUCUCUUAAAUGAUCUCAACUCCUAUCUCCUAUGGAAUUAAUAAAAAUCAACAUUUGUUUCUGGCAGUUAUAACUCUUGUAGUUUUGUGCUUUCCAAAGAUUUCCUACUUCUAAG